CUCUCCUCUGCCAUAAGCGGCAUAGAUCUGCCAUAAGCGGCAUAGAUCCUGUAUUCCAUUUCUACCUGCAGCUGCGUCGUGAGUCACGAUGACGAUGAAUCAGCUCUACGGUAAGUACUUACGUGCGGGAACAAAACACACAAGGACUGACUGGUAGAUGCUUCCUCUGCCGCCUCGCCUUGUUGUUCAUUGAAUGGUUUGGUCAGUUGGCAACUUCCCCUACGACGCGACAGAGGAUGAGCUCAAGGAGGUCAUGUCACGCGUAGGACCCACCUCUAGCGUGAGAAUCGUGUACGACAAGGAAACCCGCCACUCCAAGGGCUAUGGAUUCGUCGAAUACCGUGAUCCCGAGCUCUGCAAAGCCGCCCUCGACAACCUGCAGGGCGUCCACGUCAGAGGUAGGGGGACCAUGUGAGCAAGGAUGCCAACAGCUGGCUGGUUGUGCGGUCAGUCAUCCUUGCUGCUUCUCGGUGUGCUGCCUGUCCUGUCCUGUCCUGUCCUGUCCUGUCCUGUCCUUCCCCUCUCUGUGUAUAUCAGGGCGGCCACUUCGGCUGGACUGGAAGAGCGACGAGCAGCGGCGGACUCUGGGGCUGGGAGACAACCAGGACUCGCGAACGGCAUCCAGACGUACGCACACAUGACCACACACCCACGCAUCCCCAAAAUGACUGACUGCAUCUGUUUGUGUGUGUCAGGUCCAGGCCCAUCUCCAUCGCGUGUUGGUGGGGUGGACACAGCGGGUGGCAGGGGAGGGGGAUGGGAUGUCCAGGGCACCACAGCACCCGCAGCUGCACCGGGGCAAUCGGUACGGGCGGCGCAACGGGCGAGGGGAGAUGGGAAGCACAGCACUGGCAUCGGCCAAGGGAGUGUGGGUGUGUGUGUCCGCGCGGGUGCGUUGUAGAUCUACGAUGAGGAGGGCUCGCUCGUCGGCGAAGUGGCCGAGGUGAGUAGAGAGAUGGACAGACAAGUGGCUGACUUGACUGGCCCGCUUCUCCUCGCUCCAUCCAUCCAUCCAUCCAUCCCCACUUGCUUGUCCGCCCUCCCCUGGCUGGCUGCAGAUAAUGCAGAAGAUGUCCACUGCGCAGCUGUUCUACAUCCUGGGACAUAUGCAGGUCGGUCUGUGUGCACACAAUGAAUGCACCACAGCCGGCACAUCCACCGGUGGGGUCUGUUCUGUGUGUGCUGCAGAAGCUGGUCAUCCAGGCGCCUGACGUUGCGAGGGCCCUGCUGCUGGGUAAGUAACCGGGGCACAAGAAAUGCCGUCAGUCAGUGACAUACAUGGCCAUUCGAUUCCCUCCCGCCCGCCGGUGCUUGCCGUCCCUCCCUCCCUCAGACAACCCCCAGCUGUGCUAUGCGCUCCUCCAUGCCCAGUUCAUCACGGGCAUGAUCGACGAAAAGUUCCUCGUAAGACAGACAAGACAUGCUCACAUGGCUUGUGCAGACAGAAAUUGGGCCUUCUUUGUGCUUCUGUGGCGCAUGCAGCCUCUGACAAAGGACCAGCUAGAUCGCGCCCGUCAGGUGCAGGAACGAAAGAAGGUAACCAGCACACCAGGGACGGCACCUGACCGACCCGACCCGGCGACAGCACAUACACACCACGGGCUCUCUCCCUCUCUCUUCUCUUCGCCUUUGCUUUUGCCGUGCCGGCAGGCUGAGUUGGAGCAGGCAGGAGUGUUUGUGCCCGUCAUGACCGCACCGGCAGCUGCCGCCGCCAUGUGUAAGCAACGCAACGCAACGAUGAGAUGGGGGCCCAGGAUGGAUACGAUCGACACAUCAUGUCUGUCCAUUCUGCCUGUCUGUGUCUGGGGGGCCUGUGCUGUGCCACAUACAUCUGUCUGCAGUGGGUGCUGCCAACCCGGCACAGCUGGUAAGUCCCUGCGGCAUGGCCACUGGACCUCCCUCUUGCGUGAUCGCUCUACCAUACAUACCUGUCGGUCGCUUCAGGCCCGUGACGUGGUUGCUGCCGCAGCGGCAGCAGCAGCCCCCCGUUAUCGGUCGCCCCAGCCGGCCCCCGUCAGCGUGCCCGCCGGCCUGGGCGGCCUCCCCGCUGCUGCCGCUGCUGCUGCUGCUGGUGGUGCUGCCGCGGCACCAAGUGCUGCCACGACAGGUGGGGGGAUUGACAGACAGACACAGACAGACGUGCUGUUGUAUGUUGGCGUACAUGGCCAUGGCCUGUACGGUUGGUGUGAUUGUCCCUAAUGGUGUUGUUGAAGGUGUUGGUGGGAUCCCAGCCGCCUUGCAAGACUUCCCGGGCGGCAUUACUGAAGUCCUCAACAAGUGAGCUGUGGCCGCUCCCCUCACUCAUCCAUCGGCCGACCGAUGCAUCUUUCUUAUUCUUGGGUCGGUGAUGGAUGGUUGUAUGUGGUUGUCACCCAGGUUGAAGAACCUCACGCCGCAGGAGCUGGAGUCGCUGAGCCCGGAGGACAGGAGCCGCCUGCUCAACCUCAGACAGGUACACACCACACCACAUCGAACCACACGAACACACACCAAUGUCAGGCAGGGGGUCUGCAAAGCUGUUCGUUCGGUCUUGUGUGCUGUGUUGUGUGCAGCAACUCCUGGCUGGUGCGGGGUAGCAAGGCAAGAGUGGAAGUCACGUCUGGCAGAUAGAUCAGAAUGUAUAUAGGCAUUCGUACGUCAGGCAGUCAAGUGAGCACGGCAAACGGCCCAUGCGAGUGCGGGGACGGUGGACGUGUGAUAGGCGGAUAUCCUGACGUGGCCGUUAGCGUGUGCGCCUGCCACGUCCGUCGUCGCCGCAUCCGCAUGGGCCGUUUGCCGUGCAGAGUAGGACAAGUAUGUGUCAAUGUUUCUGGUUGGCGUUGCACGAAGGAAGCACCACAGUGACUCCACAGUGACUCUGAACUGACGAACACAGACACUUCUUGAACGCAUUAAGCCG